AAAUCUGGUUAGUGAGGAUAGUUACUCGAUAUAGAGUAGUGAUUUUUAAACAAAUUUCUUUAUUUUUUAAUUUUAUUAUAAGAGAAAAAGUUUUUAUUUACGAAUCGUUUGUUUUUCAAUUUUAAAAAUGAUUGCUCUGCUACUGUUGGUGGGAGUUUGUGGAGCCGCAGUAAUCCCCAUGGAAUCAAUGCUGAAAAUUCAAACCAAACUCAAUGAUUUUAGUAUUGAAUCGGCUAACUAUAUGCAGUCACCUCUUUAUUCCCAUCAACCACGACUGUUUCUUUACAAUUAUUUGCAAGUUGAUCCACAGAAAUCAUAUCCAGUCCUAAAUUAUCCUUACGGUAAUCCGGGUGAUGCCUACGUUGCAUCAUCAUUCAAUUACUACGGAUCUCCUCUUUAUAAUUAUGGAUUCCAAUUAAGCCCGCAGGUGUUCACAAAUGUCCAGCCAUUUAUUCCACACUAUGUUCCUCAACAGCCGAGUUAUGUUCCUCAACAACCUAAUUAUGUUCCUCAACAACCUAAUUAUGUUCCUCAACAACCUAGUUACGUUCCUCAAGAGCCAAGCUACGUCCCUCAGCAGCCGAUUUCUACGACAACUCAGCGGCCGUUCGAUGAUGACGGAAUCGAAAAGCUCGACGAAAAAGUUGAUCCUAAUCUCGAGAUGAAUUCCUUUAACAGCAAUGAAAAUUCAGAUGACGAUUCUGUCGUCAUAGAAUCUAUCUAAUUUUUUUUUAAUCAUGUAAUUUUAAUAAAAUAAUUUUUUAUAUUUAUUA